GAGAAGUUUUGUGAUAACCUCAAAAUGUGAUUCAAGACUUUUGAAAAUUUCAAUCAAUUUUUGUGCCCAAAUUUUGCAAGUUCAGGGCUGUUUUACAAAAUUUUACUCUGAUGCAAUUUGUUUUAGUUUUAAGUUGUUUUGCUUCAAUACCGAACACCGAAAAUGUUGCUUUGUUGCUUUUAGCAAGCUAAAAAUGCAGCAUAACGAUUGUCUUAGUCUUCAUUGAUAACGUUCUUUCAAUUAGUCAAUUUAAAUUUGUAGUGCAUUAUUCGAGUGUUCGAAAAUUGAAAAUGAAUCGUUUGUCGAAGGUAUUUCGACCUUUUAAUAACGAACAAAAAUCCAUUUUCAAUUUGAGUAAAUUAAGUAAGGAAGAGACUGAAGUCAAUGGAUAUAAACUGUUGAAUAACUAUGGAUUAAUUCGACCAAGCGCAAAUGGAUUAUUUUAUUUGUUACCCAUGGGUUAUAGAGUUAUACAAAAACUCAGUAAGCUCAUAGACCAUAAUAUGUCUCUAAUCGGAGCUCAAAAAAUGCAGUCACCUCUUCUAAUCAAAGAAUCACUUUGGAAAAAUGAUGAAACACUUAUUGAUGAAAGAGAUGACCUGUAUGUGAUAACAGAUCGAACGAAAAAUCACUUUGUUCUCAGUCCUACUCACGAAGAAUCAUUUGCCGAUUUAUUAUCUCACGAGCAGUUAUCAUAUCGUAAUUUUCCGCUCCUACUGUAUCAAAUUACUCCAAAAUUCCGAGAUGAAUUUCGACCCAAAUUGGGACUACUACGAAGCAAAGAAUUCAUUAUGAAGGAUCUGUAUUCAUUCGAUAUCGACGAAGAAAAUGCUCGAAAAACCUACGAUAAAGUUACCGCAGCAUAUCAAAAAAUAUUCACAGCCUUAAACGUUCCAUACUUUAUCAACAGUUGCGAAAAAGACUCCAAAAGUAUCAUAUCGCACGAAUACUAUUACAGUUGUGAUCGUGGUGAUGAUAAAUUAUACACUUGCGGAGUCUGUCAUUCGAUCUGCGGUGCUUCUCUGUUAAAAGAUCGUACAUUAUGUCCAAAUUGCUCGUAUACCUUGAAACCAGAAUGGUAUAAUAAUGGAGUAGAGGUUGCUCAUACAUUCUAUUUCGGUACGAGAUACUCCGAUCGUUUGAAAUCCAUGUACGUUGAUAAAGAUGGUAAAAAGAAACCAUUACAUAUGUGUAGCUAUGGUAUAGGUAUAUCGCGUAUAUUUUCUGCCGUUGUUGAAUUACUAUCAACUCCUAAAGAAUUGAGAUGGUCUCCUUGCAUAGCUCCUUAUACUGUUUGCGUUAUACCUCCUAAAGAUGGCAGUCGAGACGAAAUACGAGUCGAAAUGAUCAUGCCAGAAUUGUAUAGUUUAUUAGAAAGUAUUCCGAAUUUGAAAGACGACGUUAUCAUCGACGACAGACCCGAUAAAACAAUCGGUGGGCGUUUAAGAGACGCUAAAGCGUGUGGUUUCUCUUUCAUUAUUGUUGCUGGCAAAGACGCUACCAAAAAUACACCACUUUUUGAACUUUAUGAUUUAUAUAAUGAUAAAAAGUAUUUAAUGCCUAGGUCUACUUUACUACACUACUUGGUUGACCGUACUAAAUAUUUAUCCGAAGAGAAAGAGAAAAUUGGGUACCUCAGUUAACGUUUUGACUGUGAUAAUGUAAUUUUAUUUACUUAAUACGAAUUUUUUGUCAUCGAAAAUUACUUUUUGGCACUGUGUGACGAAACUGUAGGCGACACGAAACUGCUUCUGUAAUCGGGUCGUGCUAGAUUCACCGACUCCCAGUCCAAAAGAGUCGAUUCAUGAUUCUCAUUCUUUUCAUGACUCUUCAAUCCCGCUCACUCUCUCAACGUCUUUCGCUUGAUAAGUUGAUUGAUAAAUGAUGAUUGAUUAAUUAAUUAUACUUUACCAGCACUAAUAUCAAUUUUAUUGGGUGUUACUAGUGUUUUUACUUUUUAUUGAAUGAAUUUGUAUCAUUAUUUCUAUUCAAAAUUCCUUCAUUGGUCGAUUUUGAAAAAACUAUAACUGUUAUAAACACUAAACAGGGCUCGGAUUUUUUCCCCGCAAAAUUAGUGGGACUGGCAUAAUUUUUUCGUCCCAUAUUGAUUUUCUUUGUAAAACAAUACCCAUAUCGUUGGAGAAUAAAUAUUUUUACGUUUUAGGGCAUAUUUUGGCAUUUUUUAGGGAAUAUUUCAGCGUCUAUUUAGGGUUUUUUAGGGAAAAAAUAUUUGAGCUCUGAUUAUAAAAUAGUUGUUCUUGUUCCUGGAAAUAAUUUCCAGAAGUUCCAACAAUUACCUAAUUCAACGAAAUGGUAAAUGGGUUUCAGUUUUCAACUCCAAACUCGUAAUUCAUGAUUGUAGGAAAGAUUAUUGAUUAUUCAGCUAUAGAUUAAAUUUUAAAAUUUUCAGUUUUGUACCAAGACGUAAGUCGAAUUUGUUGGAGCUCGAAAUUGAUUCCAUUUUUUGGGAAUCCGUUCAAAGUUUUGAAGUUGGAUUGGUUUUUCUUUCAAAAUUAAAAAUAAAAUUUCUCUUUAAAUUGAUCAUAAUUUUCUUUUCAAAAACAAUUAAAUUAAAAUUGAAUUAAUUAUACAGUGGUGUAGGAAGUUGGUAUGGGACACAAUGACAGAACUUGGAAAAUUUUUCAUUCAAAAUCAGGGAUGGAAGAGCCGGGAGCGAGCCAGAGCCAGAGUCUGAAAGAGUCGAAUUUUUUGAGGAGCUAGAGCCAGAGCCAGGAGCCAAAUAAAUGAAAGUGCAGAAAAACAUCAAGAGCUCUCUUGCAAAAGAGCUCCUUAUUUUACUCAAGAGAGCCAUCAUCAUAAGGAGUCUUUAACCUGGAAAGAGCCAGAGCCGAGUGGGAGCCCACAAAAUUUUUCAGGCUCUUUGGCUCCCAAAAAGUAGAAAAAAAAGUAAAAAAAUGUGCAAAAUUUCAUCAAAAAUUCAACUUUUAACUCACAUUUGUGAAGAAAAUGAAAAAUUUCUACGUUUGUUUUCUCAUUGAGAAAUAAAAUGAAAAUAAAUGCAGUAUAUUUUUAUUUUUUUCAUCAUUUUUCACGAAUUUUAUAUUCUAAUUUAAAGAGCCAAGAGCCAGAGCUGGAGCUGGAGUGGGAGCCGAGAAAUUGGAAGAGGGAGCUGAGAGUCAAAGAGUGGAGCCAGAAGGAAUUGAGGAGCGAGCAAGGAGCCAAAGAGCACAUGUAAAGAAAAAGGGCCAAGAGCCAAGAGCGAGCCAGAGCCAAAACUUGUGGGGAGCUGAGCCAGAGCCAAGAGCUGGAGCCCUGAAUUCAGGGCUCUUCCAUCCCUGUUCAAAAUAUAAAUAUGAAACCGAAUGAGUGAAAACUGACUGAAGUGAAAAGUGAUGAUUUGAUGAACGACUGACUGAUUCAUUUCAAGUUUGGACUGGGAGUCGGUGAAUCCAGCACGACCCUCUGUAAUCGUAUCAUAGUUUGUUUCGGAAACCAAUUUGUUGGUUGUUUUAUAACAUGUUAGUUUUGUUAUUUUUAAUUUUUUUAAAUUGAUUCCAUCUUAUUGCUGUGAAAAGUACGACAUAAAUAAUCGUCGUAGAGAUUAGAUAUGUUCAAUUCGAAUCAAAUAUACCUAUCGUUUACAUGGUUUCAAGAAA